UCGACCCCGCAUCCUUCUAGCUCUCGCGUUACUACCAUCUUCACCCUUCCGGCUUCUGGUCCCUCCACCACGGCCUCUCUGUCGUCAUUUCCUGUGGGUCUGCCUCGCCGAGGAGAAGAUGGCGGCGCUGGGGGAGCCUGUCCGGCUGGAGAGGGAUAUCUGCAGAGCAAUUGAACUAUUGGAAAAACUACAGAGGAGUGGAGAGGUGCCGCCACAGAAACUUCAGGCUUUGCAAAGAGUCCUUCAGAGUGAGUUCUGCAAUGCUGUGAGGGAGGUGUAUGAACAUGUUUAUGAAACUGUGGACAUCAGUAGCAGCCCUGAAGUGAGGGCUAAUGCAACUGCAAAGGCUACUGUUGCUGCUUUUGCUGCCAGUGAAGGGCACUCCCAUCCCCGAGUUGUUGAGUUACCCAAAACAGAAGAGGGCCUUGGAUUCAAUAUCAUGGGAGGCAAAGAACAAAACUCACCAAUCUAUAUCUCACGGAUAAUUCCAGGUGGAAUUGCUGACAGACAUGGGGGUCUCAAACGAGGAGAUCAGCUACUUUCUGUUAACGGAGUGAGUGUUGAAGGAGAGCAUCAUGAAAAAGCUGUAGAGCUACUGAAAGCAGCCCAAGGGAAGGUUAAAUUAGUUGUACGGUAUACACCAAAAGUCCUGGAAGAAAUGGAAUCACGCUUUGAAAAAAUGAGAUCAGCAAAACGCAGACAACAGACCUAAUCAUUUAAAAACUUUAUGUUCCUCUUUGCUUUUAGCUAGAAAAGUUUUACUUGUGACCUACUGAUGGCCUCGAUGCCAGUGAUUGUAAACCACCAGAAACUUCCGUGAAAUCUUCUUGCCAUUUUAUAAAUGCCUAUUUUAGCAUCACUUACGGUUGUAGAGAAGCAUAUACUUUUUUUCUCACGAGAAAAAGUAAAAGGUGAUGAGGGCAGUUCUGUCCUGCUGUUUUUACAGGCCUUUUUCAAAUGCAGAUUUUGUCACAAAGUUGUUAUAGAUUUUUAAAAAUGCUUUUUUAAUAUUAAAAUGUACUUUUACAUUCUUAAUCUUUUUUUAAAAAGAGCUUUUCAUCAUUUGGCAACUUAUUUACAAAUAACAGUUCUCCAAUAUUUCCUUUUGCUUACUGCAAUUUCUUUGUGAAAUUUCUUUUCAAUUUUCCAAAAUAUUAAAACUAGCAGUCUUUCCUUCAGCAGUUUAUCCCAUUGAAUGUUGGCAUUGCUGCUGCAUUUUGUACUUAGAACAUACAUAAAUGUAUCUGUAAUCAGUGGUAAAUCAUUGCUAUCAUGGAACCUUUUUAUCUUUAUUUAAACAGUGUAUAAUGUAUUCAUUUAUACUGAUUUGUAAAAGUAAGUUUUUAAACACUGAAGCAAUCAUUGCUAAAUAGGUAUUCUUUCAUAAUAUUUAAGCAGUGAAUCAAGAGGAUGUAAUUUGAUUAUUAACAUUACUGAUUAAAUCCCUUAUUUAUGUCAUAAAUUAUAAAUGCAAACAAGCUCAGAUUUCAACUUUUCAAAUUUGUUAGGCUAUUCAUUUAUAUUUAAAUAUAUUUCUCAUAUUUCAGUUCUUCCAUGCCUAGAGAUGAGGUAGUUUGUGCUGAGAAAAAUGAAAAUAAGACAAAGUAAUAACUUAAAUGUGGAGCCUGAAGAGCCCAACAUAAUUAGUGUUCAGCUUCAGUUCUAAUUCGAGACAGGAAGAGGAGGCAGGAUUUGUUUAAGAUACAGAAACAGGCAGCUUCUUAAGUCUCACAAUGAGUGGGGUUCAGAGUGCUUCUUAUCUUUAUGAUUCAGAUAGCGAUGGGAGUCUGAACAAUGCUUUUUACCAUUUGUCCACUGGAUGUCACUAUUUUACUAAAAGGCAGCUAUCGAUGUGUGAUUAUGACUAAGUCUUAUAAAAGCUGAAAUCAAAGUUGAUUCAUUUUCAGUCACAGAUUAUAAGAACAUUUAUAAAAGGUUGAGGUGAUGAUGUUAAGAAACUGAUGGGUUGAAAUGCAGGAAAUUAUCAUAAUUAUGACUUUAUUACCUUUAUUUUUUUUUAAAAAAAAAUGGGCAUUUUGUAACAUUCCUUCAGGAAGAAUGGAAGUGUGUACACGGCUUUGCAUGUUUGUGAGCACUGUCAGUCUUACAAAAUAUCUGUAGCUUUCAGUGGUUUUCAGAGUAAAAGUCAGCAUUGUUAUUUAUCAUUUAGGAAUUGAACACUGGAUUGUGCAUGGUUGAAUGUCUUUAGUCCACUACAAAAUGUGCUUGAUAUUGAUAGCAUCAUGUUGAAUUGUAUAUUUUCAAAAUUAGCUGAUGUGUUUUUAAAAUGUUGAGACCAAAGUAGUAUAGAAGAGUAUGACAUAUUUUAAUUUAAUUGUAAGAUUAUUAGAGGUAUUUGUAAAACUCUAUAUAUUAAAGUUGGUGCAUAUAGAACAGUAAUAUUAUUGUUGUGCUCGUAUCCCUACAUCACAGGGCAAGUACACCCUGGGGUCUUGUCUCAGCCUAGCUACUAUGGCUACAGUUGCUCCUCAGUACGCAUCAGCGUUCCGUUACAAUUACAGCCUCCUGGUUCAUGUUUCAGCGAUUGCAGAAUUUCAGCCAAGUUACAUUUUUUUUUCUUUUUUUAGUUUGUUGAGUAAGCUUUUUCUUCUGCAGUAAUUCACAAUCUGUUCUUUGUGUGGGCUGCUACCUAUUUAUAAUUCGUAAAAUAAAAGUAACUUAAAGGAGCCAAAUACAUAGCUUUGCUUGGUACUAUUGAGCAUGAUUAGAAAUAGCUUGCUUUCAUUGAUGAAAUUCUCAUAUCUCAGAAUUUAAAUAUUGACCAUAGGAAAACUCGGUGGCAAGUGUACAGUAGUCUUCUUGUAUAAUAAGGAAGUGAAGGAAUUUUAAUAAAUGGAUGGUUUGUGAAUAAAACUAGGCACACAGUAAAUAUAUAAUAGGUGUUUUUAUUUCAUUUGUAGCUUACAAAAACAAAUUUCCCUUUGUCCCAGCUUUUCAUUUAUUUUCUUAAAUAUUUCAAAAUGAGUUGGCUGGGUGAUUCUCAACCUUAGCUGCAUGUUAGAAUACCCUGCAGAGCUUAGAACUUACUGAUACCUAGGUCCCUUCCAAUAACAGCUAAGUUGAAAUGAUUUCUUUAUUGGUUAACAGUUUUAAAUAAUGUAUUUUGACCAAGUCUACCCCCUAUUGCCUUCAGAAGCUCAUUCUGUGUAGUUUUGAUGGGACACCCAGGUUUGAGGAGCACUGGUUCAUGGGAUUUCCAACUAUACUGGAUCUGGAAGCUACUUAAUGGUUGAUUGUAUUUCUUUAAGUCCUUAUGGACUUAAAAGUUAUUUGGCUUUCCUUAUUUACAAAAUAAUUAUAGUUUACCUUUUUCAGGGUGUGGGGAACAGGGUCUCUACAUAGCCCUGCGUGGCUGUCCUGGAAUUCACUAUGUAAACACGCUGGCCCUUUUUUUCUUUUUUAAAAAAAUAAAACCUACUAAUAAUUCAGUUGUAAAAUUCAGUGUUUUCUCUUUCUGCCCCUUUUACAAAAAAAAAAAAAAAAAAAAAACAAA